GCAUUCCUUCCUGGUCUUGUCCGCUCCCUAGUGGAAAACCGCCUUAAAGUACUAUAGGAAGUUGGAAACGGAACAAUGAAUAGGACGUUUGAAUAGGAAACGGGAAGAGAGAGAGGAGAGAGUGGUUCGUUGAGUGUCGAGUAGUAAAAACCUGGCAAAAACUUUUUUAUCACGUUUACAGGGAAACUGCUCUAUCGUUUGCUGCAAUUAAUUUGAUAAGCCACUAUAGGUAAAAAUGAUAAAUUAAAAAUGGAAAAUUGGCAAUGUAAUGUUGGCUUUCUUCAGAAAGCCAAAGUCUCCCGCAAAAUGACAAUAAAUUCAACCAAAGCAAGAAAGUAAACUACGGAUAUUUAAUGAUUCAGUAAGGUCGAGAAAUCUCUAGGUUUAUCGUGAGACCCAUUCAGAUCCGUACCCGAUGUAGCUAGAGAUGUUUCUUGUUUGAAUCAAGCUGAACCAAUAAGGUAUCAUGGAUCUGAAUAUUCAGCGAAACGCACAUUUUCCUCACCAAUCAGAGUUGACGGAAGGCAAUGAACUACCUGAUGGAAAAGCCAUUGGCCAAUCAAAGAGCAGAGCUUCACCCGUCAAUUCUGAACAAAUGGACCAAUCGGAAGAAAGCGCCAAUGACCUUUCCAAAGUGAGCAAUAAUCUGUCCAAAUCGCCUUCUCCAUCUAUACGUACAAAGGAUAAAAUUUGUUUAGCAAUAGAUAGAACUACUAUUACUAGUGAGCACGAAUCCACCGACACUACAGCUCCGGAAUCUCCAAAUAAAGUGCAUACAUGCAAUUCAGAUAUCCAUGAAAAAUAUAAAGAGGUUUCAAGUUGCGAGUCGACCCGUCCCCAGUCAAGUUCUCCAUCUCUAUCGCUCCUGAUAUCUGACCAAUCAAGAACUACCAUUCGAAACAUUAACCAAUCGGAGGACUCCAGUUUGCUGAUUGGACCUGUUGAUAGUGGGAUAAACCAUGAUGAGCAUAACGGGAAUGGCAGUGAAGGUAGUUAUCAGAGGGAUGAAAGAAGUAAGAGUGUAUCCGAAGAAGAGGACUCGAAGGAGUCUCCAAAGCUUACCAAGACUCAAGUUCUUGCCUUCUUCAGUCUGGCUAUCUCCAUCUUCCUGGAUCAAGUCUCUUUUUCGGUUUUGGCGCCUUUCUUUCCAAGAGAGGCAAAGGACAAGGGUGUUUCGGGUUUACAGAUUGGUUUCAUCUUUGGUGCCUUCGCUCUCGUCAAUGUUAUCUUCUCACCAAUAUUUGGAAAAUUUCUUCCUAAACUUGGUGCAAAAUUCACCUUCGUUUCCGGGGUUUGGAUAGUAGCCGGAUGCAACAUCCUAUUUGGAUUUUGUGACGAAAUAUCUUCCACUUUAACGUUUAUAAUUUUCUGUUACGUCGUCCGCUGUACCGCAGCUUUGGGUACCGCUGCGGCCGUGACCGCGUCAUUCACCAUAGCCGCUCAGACGUUUCCUGGUCAUGUUGCUCAAACAAUAGGUUUAAUGGAGACUUUUGGUGGUCUUGGAUACAUGAUUGGUCCUGUCAUUGGUGGUUUCCUCUAUGAGGUUGGAGGCAACGAUUACAAGAUUCCAUUUAUAGUACUUGGAUGCGCUGACUUGGUGUGUGUUGUACUCAGCUUAGCGUUGCUGCCCCCAAUAGUUAGUGAGGACAUGAAAACUGGUUCCAUUUCCGAUUUCCUUCGCAUCCCGUCUGUCUGGCCCGUCGGGCUAAGUAUCUUCGUUGGGAGCGCAUCCUUUGGGUUUUUGGACCCCACCCUCUCCCUUCACGUGGAGCAGUUCACACAGAGUGCUAUGGUAGUGGGUCUACUCUUCUUGCUGUCCGGAGGAUGCUAUGCUUUAAGCUCACCUUUCUGGGGUUGGAUGGCGGAGAAACUGAAUAUAUCUCGUUUAAUGGUAAUAAUUGGAACUAUAAUGAGUGGAGGAGCUUUUCUUUUGAUGGGACCGUCGCCCCUCCUGAAUCUUCCAAAUGAGCUGUGGAUUAUUUGCCUGAGCUUGGCCCUAUGUGGCAUCUUCCUCUCAGCUUCUGUCAUUUGCUCUUUCAAUGAUUAUCUUACCUCAGCGAUGAAGAAUGGUUUUCCAGAUGAUAUGAGCACCCAGGCAGUCGUUUCCGGGAUUUUCUCGAGUUUAUUAGCUCUUGGGAAUUUCGUUGGACCGUCUAUAGGUGGCGUGGUUGUACAUUUGUAUAGCUUUAAUUGGUCUGCAACCGUCAUCGGUGGCAUACAGAUUGGCGUAGCAAUCAUAGUGGCCCUUUUCACUCUAGGCGAAUUCUGCUUUCAACAAAGAAGACCAACACCAUUAACAACCCAGAUAAUGCCCUCUGUUAAUCAGGACGAUUUAGUUAAAGACAGCAUGGAGCCCCUCCUUAAAGGACAUGUUUAACCAACCUAAAUCACGAAUGGAAUGUUUCACUUUGUAGUAUACGCAAGGGCUAGCAUGAAAGAAACAUUCACCAGCGACAAAUUGAGGAUGGGGGGGGGCAACAUCCCAUUUGGAUGAUAAAAGAAUAGUGGUCUGAUUGAUAUUUAUUUGCAUCUCGUCUCUGUUUAUUCUCUCAAUAUAAUCUGAUUAGGGAGAAGAUUUCAAUAAUUAUACCAAUAUAAUAAACUAAAUAUCAAGCGUGCUCAACGUCGCUCAUUUCAGUACAGCUAUGGAUGUAAUGGGUAUUUUUCAUUAUCAUUUUGGUCAUAAUUUUAUAACACAUUUUUUUAUCUACGAUAUACCAAACGAUCGCAGCGUUUUACAGUAUUCGCUCUACAGUGCGUCCCAGAA